AACCCAAUCUAGAAAACUCAUGACCACUUGACCUUGAAAACCCAAUCCUGAUGGAUGGGUAAUAGUCCCGAAUCCAAUUGGGAGUUCAUUGAGACCUUUGUAGAUUUUAUUUUUGGCCAUGGUGAAGGCAACCAUUGUGUUUAUGACCAAAUGAUAGUAACUUCUGGUAGAAUAAUCGUUUCUACGUACAAGCGAAUCAAAAUCAAUAUGAAACCAGUUUCUGGGUCAUCUUUAACCAUUCCUGAUGCUGUAUCACAUUUAAAUUUAAAAAAUGAAAUGCUUGCACAAGGAUUAACUCAGUUUUAUGCAAUUUUUCGUGACAUCUGGUCACUUUUCUAUGAGAAUGCCUAGCCUGAUCCCCAGCUGCUUGUCAAUCUAUUACUAUUUAUCAUGAGAUUUUCUAUUUUGUUGAUGAAAACUGAGUAUCCAAUGCCGAAGUUAAUAAAAUAUGGCACAUAGAAUGUAAGAAUUAUUGCGUUGUAUUUUGGAUGCUUGGUCGAAUUAUUUUGGAAUGUUAAUACUAUACUUAUAAAAUUUUUGUUGAAAUAUUUUGUCCCCUUUUAUAAAUUUUCUAACUACUUUACUGUAACAAGUAGUUUCUGAUCUGAUAUUUUAUAUAUCAGUGUAUUUGUCUUAUCUUUGGCUUCAAAAGUUUAAGAUAAGCCCGAGCCUGAGCUAAAUCUGUUUACUUUCAGCUGACUAAUGCAACACACUAUAGUAUUCAUAGGCUGGUGGUUCCUAUGAUAUAUUACGCUUUGUUACCAGUAGAAUAAUUAAUUACUUCAUAUGUUUGUUCGAAAAAAAUUUGUUGGAAAUCAAUAUAUGGUUUGUUCUAAACAAAAACUUUCGUUUUUGAAUUAUAAUUAUGGACUUAUUAUGGGAUACAAGUAACAGACUUUUUCACUGGCUUUACGACAUCCCACUCCAGGAACCAGCCAGUAUAAUAACCACUAGCAGCGAUGUUUCUGUUCAUGGAAGAACCAGCGGAGUUCCGUCAACCUCCAGAGUUGAAAUUUCCAACAGCUCGCAACCAACUUUUUCACUAUCCUCAUCCUCUAGCACUACUACCAGCAAUGUAACAAAUGGAGCACAACAGGGCGGGAGAGCAUCACUAUCAACUCACGCUCGUAAUUCUUCCUUGGAUUAUCGGGUAUCACAGCGUGGAUUACCACAUUCUCGAACUCCAUCCCUCGAUUUACGACAUGCAAGAAACGGUUCUGCCGAUUUGAAUAAAAUAUUUCGUAAUGAUGUUGGACUGGUGUUUGGUGGUCAACAAAUUUCAGCAUGGGUUGAUCCUUUGAGAGUUCAAAUCAUCAAAGCUCAUCACAAUUGGAUAGUGAUUGCUUAUGCUCAUUUCAUAACAUGCUACCGUUUGAAAGACUCAUCUGGCUGGCAACAUGCUUUCACAAGUCCACACAUCGAAUCGAUAAUUGAACGAGUAGCAAUAAAUGCUAAGAUGGGUAGUGGUACAGAUGGCAAAAUGGUGGCUAUUUCAUAUGGUGGUCAAGUUCGUCUUUGGAGCGUUUCAGAAGAGGGAAUAAAAACUAAUAUUGGAACAUUUAACCUGAAUGUUCGUGUUGAAUAUUUGUUCUUCAUUGGCAGUCAGUUAGUUGCACUUUCUCCGACUGGAAAGAUCGGGGUUUGGCACGCCAUGACGCAUCACUGGCAAAUACAAGACGUUGUACCUAUAUCAUCGUUUGAUACUGCAGGCUCAUUUUUGUUAUUGGGAUGCAACAAUGGGGCUAUAUAUUAUAUCGAUAUGCAGAAAUUUCCCCUCAGAAUGAAGGACAAUGAUCUACUUGUAACGGAGUUGUACCGCGAUCCAAGUCAUGAUCCUAUAACUGCGAUUUCCGUUUAUCUUACACCAAAGACGACACAAGCAUCUGAGAGGGGGAGGGAAGGUCUAUGUGGAAAUUGGAUCGAAAUCGCUUAUGGUACAAAAUCGGGUAGUGUACGAGUCAUAGUACAACAUCCUGAGACAUUGGGUCAUGGACCUCAACUUUUCCAAACGUUUACUGUUCAUCAAAGUAGCGUGACAAAGGUAACAUUAUCUGAAAAAUUCUUAGUAUCAGUAUGUUCUGAAUAUAAUCAUGUCAGAAGUUGGGCAGUAACAAGAUUCCGUGGUAUGAUUUCUACUCAACCAGGAUCUACUCCAGAAGCUAGUUUCAAAAUUGUUUCCCUUGACGCAGUCGAGCCCUGCAUUAGCCAUAAUGCUGGAAAUGACUUUGGGCCCUUUGGAGAGCAAGACGAUGAACAAGUAUUCGUUCAAAAAGUUGUCCCAGACACAGAUCAGCUUUUUGUGAGACUUGCUUCAAACGGAAAUAGAGUAUGCGUAAUUGAAUCAGUGGAUGGCAGCGUUAUCACUUCAUUUUGUGUCCAUGAGUGCGAAGGUUCGAGUCGCAUGGGAUCUAGACCUAGACGUUUUAUAUUCACUGGCCACUCCAACGGAGCUAUUCAAAUGUGGGACCUCACAACAGCCUUAGACCUAUGCUCAAAAAUCGAUCAAGUGAAAGAAGUCGCAGGAGGUCCAACACCGGAAGAAUUAUGGAAACUACUCGACCAAUGUGAUCUAAGUAAUAGCCAUAGCUCAACUCCGUGUCUCAGCCCUUGUCCUUCACUGAUAUCAGCUGGAACUAGAAUUAAAGCAAGUAACGUAUUGUUUCUGAAUCAGUCGCAACAUCUAGAACCACCUAGUGGCCCUGGUUAGAUUCCUGAAAAAGGAAUUUGCCAAGAAUAAUGAAUGCCAAGGAAAUAUCUUUGCUCGAGCAUAUACGCUAAUUAAAGUUGCUCGUGAAUUGAAUCUUAAGUUUUCAAGAUAUUUUGACUUAUUGUUGACCGUAUUUACAUUAUUGUUACCGAGCUAUCCGGUCGAUAAUUUAUUCUAUUUAUUAACUUAUUGAAUUUAUUAUCACCUUUUUUUUAAGAGUUCCUAAAACAUCUAUUCAUGUGUUAUGCACAUAUAAGUAGUGACACCAUAUUACCUUACGAAGUUAUCCAUUCCUUAUCUCUCUGUUGAUGGUGUUAUUUAAUUUUCAAUUAUUUCACGUUCCUCAUUGACAUAUCUAUAUGUGUAAUAUUUUAAUAUAAUACGUGUUGAGUAUGAAUCUUUUGUUACAGUUUAUUUAUAAAAUUUGGCUUUUGGAUAAUUUUAUAGUUUAGGUACGAUAGAAGAUAUCUAGAUUCAAGGAAUUGUAAUACAGCACAUGUUGAACUUUAUUGAAAAAUAGUUGAUUAUAUGUAUGUAUAUUUUUGUUAUACAGCUCGAAAUUUUCAUAAUAAUUGAAGUACAUAAUACCAUGAUGGCUGUAACUCAAGUGUUACCACAUGUCAUGUUGUAUUUACUUUGACAGUUUGUGAUGCUUUAAAUUUAUUGUAAAAAAAUGAAAUACUAUAAUACUGUUGUAAUUGUGCUCUCUGUGAUCUGACAGAAAUAAAUGCUUUUUUUACCUAAA